AUGCAAAAUCCAAAAAAUCCUGUCUUGCCUCAAAGUUUCUUGCUUCUUAUGCCUGAGUUGAAAGUGAAUCCGUUUUUGGAUAGAAUUAUAAAAGUAUUUUGUUCUCAGCUGCAUCAUAUAACUUUUGAAGAUUUUCUCGACAUGAUGUCAAUAUUUUGCGAAGAGGCACCAAUUGAUGUCAAAACAUCAUAUGCAUUCAGAAUUUAUGACUUCGAUGAUGAUGAUAUGUUUUCUCGAGAAGAUAUUCAGGAACUUCUAAGUCGAUUGACGUGCGGCAAUGAACUUAGUGACGAAGACUACGCUGAAAUUAUUGAGUGCGUUUUCUUAGAAGCCGAUUUAGAUACGGAUGGUUACAUUUCCUAUCCAGAGUUUGAGCAACUUAUUACGAAAUCUCCGGAUUUUAUACAUGCCUUCCGGAUGCGAAUUUGA